AUGUGGAGCACUCCAAAUUAUAUCCAUGGCGUUGCGCCUGCGGUGCCUGUCGCGCAAGGAUGUCCGGCAGGACAUUUGCUGACACUCCGGUGGACGACAGAGGUGGGCUUUUGCGGUGCGUGUGGUGGGCCAUGCAUGCCGGGCCGGCUCAUCAAGACCUGUGACGUUUGCAGAUACAACGUGUGCGAGGCUUGCACAUUGAAAGCGACGAGCUCCCCGACCCUGCUGGAGGCACAGCCUGGCCCAGCGUGGGCCCGGGCGCCGGCGCCUCUCAGGCCAGCGGCGAAAGUGCCCAACGGCCUCUCCUCCAUGCCGGUUCCCGUGGCUCGCACGUGCGCGCACGCGGCACACGCGCGCAGCGGGAGCCUCACAGGCGUUGACCGUUCGAGCUAUAUCAGCUAUGUGCCUAGCUAUUUGGCAGGUUCCAACGGCCGGAGCUAUGUGCCCCCUGUGCAAGGUGCUGAGAGCCGGAGCUAUGUACCCCCUGCCGAAGGUGCAGGUGGCCCAAGCUAUGCACCCUGUGAAGCAGGAAAAACAGGUACAGAUGGAUGGAGCUACACGCCUUUUGUGACAGGUGGCGGAAGCUAUGUACCUCCUGAACCAGGUGGCCCGAGCUAUGUGCCUCCUGCACGAGGCAGCCCAAGCUACAUACCUGCAGUUGCAGCCAGUACAGGCAAUCGCAGCUAUGUACCCCCUGGACCAGGCGGCACGGCACGCUACACCGCUACACCGGUUCCGCUCCGCUACGCGGACGUCAGGACGGGACGGAGCGAAGGGAGCUAUAUCCCUCCAUUCACGGCCACAGGUAGUCGAAGUUGGGUGCCAGCACCCGAGACGAGCUUCACCCCGCCCAGUCGCCGGCCCUACGGGGCCACCAUGACGCUGCCGAGCGGUGGAAGCUUCAUUCAGGUGCCAGAAGCAAAGCUCAGCAACAGGAGUCCCUCGCUGACGCCCUCCUACACGCCCAGCAUCGAAAGCUUCGUGGUCACUGCAUGGCCAGGUGCAAAGACACCACCAGAGGUCAAAGGCUCAAAGAAAGCACUGUCUCUGGAAGAGCAUGCAGCCCUACCCGAGAAUCAGGAGUGUGCCGACUGUGGGGCACCACGGCCCGAUUGGGCGUCGGUGAACCAGGGCACCUUGAUUUGCAUCGACUGUGCUGGAACGCAUCGCUCCCUGGGGGCUCACAUCUCCAAGGUGAAAUCAUUGGGGCUGGAUAAAUGGAAACCUGACGAAGUGGAGAACUUUGUGUCCAAAGGUGGCAACCGCAAGGUCAACGAAUCGCUUCGAAAGGGUGGCGCACCUGUGGCACCGCAGUUGGGAGCGCCAAGAGCAGCUUGGGACAUCUACAUCCGCAGAAAGUACGCAGAGAAGGCACCGCUGGACACGAGGCUGAAUGGGUACCACCCGAAGUCCCUUGGAGCAGCCCAAGCAGGUGGCUCUCCAAGUGAGGGCGAGGGCCUCAAGGCGGUGGUGCCUGAAAGGAGCCUGAACUUGCAUCGUGAGUUGAGCUGCCACUUGGGCACCACGUGUCAUCAAGGUUUGGUCAUGGUGGACAUCGCCAGUGUGGACAUCGGCGUCGAACGGGCUCAAGAUCUGCGAAUGCUCGGGCGGUUCUUUUUGUCGCUCUCAGUGGUCUUGAGCCUAGGGUCGGUGACCACGGAUGGGACCUCCUCAAGAAGAGGUUCAGAGAAGGCCAGCUGGAAUCCACCAGAGAGGAAGGAAUUGCUGUGGGAUGCGCAGGAGCGAUGGCUCUGGUGUCGGGUCUACGACUGGGACCUGAUUGGUUUUAAGCAAUUGGCUGGUGAAGGCCGUAUCGAUUUGUUGCAAUUCAUGGAGAGACAUGGGGCGUGUGGCGCCCAAGGGGUGGAGGUGGAGCUCUUCGCAUCCAGCGAGGAUGACGGAGGCUCCGAUUCCGAGGCGUCCCCGACCUCGCAUCCCACGAGCUUUGGGACCUUCAAUCCGGAGGACCCACAGGAUCCGGCGUGGCGGGGGACGUUCAUCGGCUUGGCAAAGCUCCAGCUCACCAUCAUCGACAUGACCGGGAUGCUGUCAUCCCAGCAGCGGAAGCCCAUCGCGCAGCCGCGGACCGAGCCCUUUUGCACCACUUCGACCCACGUCACGUCCGGCGUUGCGUCCCGCGCUGCGUUCGGACGCUUUGAUUCGAGGCCGCGCGGUCUCACGCAGUUGCCAGCGCUCCAUGCGGCGCAAGACUUCCUGAGACCUCCAAGCCUCAAAGCUUCUGCAGCAGCACGCCUGGAGGCAUCCCACCUGGGCGAACGCCUGCGGGCCUCGCACCAGGCAGUGAUGGCCUCUCAGAUCAUCAUUGACAGGAUGGAGGCCAAGCUGAUGGUCGCUGAUGCCUGGCAGGCCUCGCAAGAUCGCUCCAGGCCGAGAGAACCUGCAUCGCGGCCACCCCGCCCCUCCUGCAACUUGCCUCUGGCCAGCAGGGCCAUGGGCCCAUUGCAGCCAGGUCGAGCUCAGAUAUCGCGUCCAGGGUAUCUACCACCCUGGGUCUCCGAAGAGACUUGGUCUUCCAUGCAGAACUUAGCCUCAAAGGCAGCAGCACAGCGUGAGUUUGGAAAGCCUUGGAAGCCGAAGGCAGUUGUGCGGGUGAAGCAGUUGUUCUUCACGCGGCUUUCUCAGCUUGUGUGUUUAUCAGGACUCUCUGGCGGGGGCGGGGAUUUUCGAUUCAAGUCACAAAGCUGAUCAGUCCAGUCAAGCUUUGUUGAGAAAUAUGUGUUUUAUUAAACUUAACGUAUAGUAAAUCCAAAUUGCUAAAUAAAUAUUAAAAAAGAAAAGAAAGAAACAUCCUUGUAGGAGUCAAGCUUUGUUGAGAGAUUGCUUGUACCAGUUUUGCAGACCUCGCUCUUCGCAAGGUCUUCUCUGAUGAGAUGGCAGGUACCAUUAUUUUUGGCUGUAGGGGCCCACCAGGUGGUCUCAUACAGCUGAGCUUUGACAGUCUAAAGUCUAAACGUUUGCAGAGCAAGCUGACCUGGUUGUGGAUCCGUUGCCAGUUGGUUUUCCGAUGAACAGACCCAGUUCGCAGGAAAAUGAGGGAUCCAAACAAGGUUAGAUGCACUCCAUAAUGCUUUUGUGGCUUAGAGUGAUGGUCACUCACAUUCUUCCUUCCAAACGGAGGAUGAGGAUGAAGUCCAAGCUGUACAUUUGCUCCAAAAAAGGCUGCUGCUCGCCAUUUGCAAUGUCCGGGUGUAGACGACUUGCCAUGCAGAGGCCCCACUUAGAUGAGUCAAUUGGGCAGUAGAUGAGUCCAUCCAUUCAUCUCAAUCAAGAGGACAUGCACAUACAUGCACAUUGGGCUGGGCAACUUUGAUCAGAAAAAUCGAAAACGUAUGGUCUAGAACCCUAGGUUGGAGGCCAUCAC